CAGGGGAGGCGUGGUGUGUUGUGCCGUGUUGUGUUGCUACGAGUGUGCAAGUACUGUAUAUGCUACCGUAGUUGAUAAGCGGGCAGAAUCAGCUGCUUCGUGACGGAGCAGUGGCUGUGAACUUCGCACCGACUGGACUGGUAGUGAAUCGUCCACUGAGGCUGUGACUGAUUGGUUCAUCACUGCCUUGUGCUGAAAAGGUGCACCUGAAGCUGCCGACAAAAAAAUUAGGAGCUGUUGAUAGUGCACCGAGACGGAGGUUUGCGCAUCAUCAUGAGUGAGAUCAAUUAAUAUCUUCCGAGGCUGUACACAAAUUUCUGUGCUGUCAGCGAAGAACUACUCGAACGGAGCCAAAAUAUUUCUUGAAAUCGUGUUGGCCUGGGAUCUGAACCACGAUCUUUCCAACCAUAGCUAUAGUGUCUCAAUUACUGCACGGACCCGUUUGCCAGCCAUAAGGUGGUGCACGCCGGAGCUUUCGCUGACAUAAGCGCUUCCCGGAGCGGGCAUAAUCUGCGCGUGCGCAGAGCGGAUAGUGGGCGCGCAGCUUAUCAGCCAGCCCCUCGCCGCGGCGGCCCAGUCUCUGCCGCGUAGCACGCCAGCCAUGACGGUGGCGUCGCCCUCCGCCGGCGACGGAGCGUCGUCGUCGACUUCGACGGCGUCGGUGUCGGCGUCGUGCUGCCUGCUGCCCAGGGGCGCGCCGGCGCCCGGUGCCGCCUCGCUGUCCUCGUCCACCACGAGCUCCGUGUCGGUGGCGGAGCCGCUGCAGAACAACAAUUACUACUUGCACCGGCUCGCCGAGGCCGACUGCGGCGACUCGACGCCGCGCUUCGCCACCGCCGGCCCACCGGUCUCCGUGCAGUUCACCGACGUGCGGUACAGCACCUAUGUCUGGUCCGUGCAGCAGCCGAUACCACGCCGCAAGGAGAUCUUACACGGCGUCAGCGGCGAGUUCUGCGCGGGCCAGCUGACCGCCAUCAUGGGGCCCUCCGGUGCCGGCAAGAGCACGCUACUCAACGUGCUCGCUCUCUACAAGACUCGUGGCGCGGAAGGCGACGUGCGGGCCAACGGUGUGCGGUGUGGGCCAGCGUUCCGGCGUCAAUCCGUCUACAUCCAGCAGGACGACCGGCUGCGGCCCGCCGUCACGCCACUGGAGGCGCUCGUGCUCGCCGCGAGGCUCAAGCUGGGCUGUGGGCACCAGGAGGCGCUGCAGCAGGCGCGGUCGCUGCUGGAGAUGUUGGGCCUGCUGGAGCAGCGCAACACGCUAACGAGGCGGCUUUCGGGCGGCCAGCGUAAGAGGCUCGCAGUCGCGCUGGAGCUCGUCGGCAACCCGUCCGUCAUCUUCCUCGACGAGCCAACCACGGGCCUGGACAGUUCGUCGUGUUCUCAGUGCUUGUCAUUGUUGAAGCUACUGGCACAGGAGGGCCGUACAGUAGUCUGUACAAUUCACCAGCCCAGUGCACUACUUUUCCAGAUGUUUGACCAUGUAUAUACACUUUCUGCAGGUCGCUGUGUUUACCAGGGCACACCAUCACAGUUGCUACCAUUCUUGGACUCUUUUGGAUUGCACUGCCCUCCUUACCACAACCCAGCAGACUUCAUGAUUGAUGUCUGCGUGGGUGAAUGUGGUGUAGACAUAGAGGAAUUAGCUGCAGCCAGUGCUGAAAAGAUGAAAACUGAUACCUCUGUACAUUACAUUAGCAAAGGAGACGUGGAUCUGCAUAAACUGGAAUACCAUUUUAGUGAUGAUAAAAAUAAAAAUAAACAAUCACACAAGGAGGAAAAAUCUACCCAAGGAGCUAAUAUAUUUCUACAGUACUAUUUAUUGUACAGGAGGAGCCUCACAUGCCUACGUCGAGACUGUAGUCACCUCAUCAACAGGCUCUUAGCUCAUUUGACCAUUGGGUUGGUUUUUGGAUAUCUUUAUUACAACUGUGGCAACUCAGCAGAUGCAGUGUUUGCAGAUUUUGUUUAUUUAUAUGGAACAGUGCUUUUCCUUCUGUACACUGGGAAAAUGGCAGUCACUCUUCACUUCCCACUAGAACUGAAGAUAAUCAAGAGUGAGCACUUCAAUCAGUGGUACUCCUUGCCAUCUUACUAUUUGUCACUGCUGUCUGUGGAAAUUCCAAUUCAGAUUGCAUGUAACAGCAUUUACCUAGGAAUUUCAUAUUAUGCAACAAGUCAGCCACCAGAGCUAUACAGGAUAGCCAUGUUCUUUAUUCUGACUAAUGCAGCAUCCCUGGCAGCUCAAGGGUCAGGAUUCAUUAUUGGUGCUCUGACACCAACAAAGGUUGCUGUUUUUCUUGGCCCAGUUUUGCUUGUUCUGAUUUCAAUGUUUGGAUUCAACAUAUUUCACAAGGAUAUCCCAUCUUCACUGGAGUUCAUGUUCUACAUCAGUUACUUCAGAGCUGCAUUUCAAGGAAUUAUUACUGUCACUCUCGCUGAUGGCCGAGAUGAACUACCCUGUCCUGAAGAUGUGUUAUAUUGCCAUUAUAGGUAUACAAAAAAGUUUCUGACAGAAGUUGACAUUUUAAAUGUUGAUGUAAUGGGAAACCUAUAUAUGAUUUUAGGUGUGGCUGUGAUGAUGUAUGUUGGUGCCUUUCUUUCUGUGUGGUAUAAAGUUGCAAGGCGAUGAUUAUAUCAUCAGUGGGCAAAGCUUUAGAAUUGCAGUACAACUGAAGAAAAAUGAAGCAGUAUUUAACUUAUUAGCCACUUGGUGCAAGUUUUACAAAACAUGUGUACAACUAUUAAAGCCAUGACAGAACUAAUGUGUUCCACAGGUGUGAAGUGUCUCAGUGACUGAGAGCAUUCCUUAAAUGAUUAGCGUCAGUCUCAGGAAAGUGCUUGUUUUGCAAAUAAUGUGAAAACUUAAUCAUCAUUUUACUGCACAAAACUCUGACCUGGAAUGUAAUCAGGAAAUGUGUAUUGCUUGUAGCAUUUAAUAAGUCUAAGACAUAUGCAUAAAUAUUGCACAAGGCAUAUGGUGAAAAGAAAAGUUUUCUUAAGUGAAGGCUUAGUCAACUGAAUGGCCUUGUUCCUCUGGAAUGAUUCAGCACAUGUAUGUAACUGCUCUUAUGAAGAGUGUACUGUCACAAUGACAGCAGUAAUUUUGUAAAAAUUAUUAUGUUUCACAGUUUUCUGUACGAUUUGUUGUGUUAUAUUCCAGUUAUUGGAAUAGCAAUAAUUUAUUUAUAAUAUGUAUGUCCUUUGUGUGUUAUUUGUAUGUAUUUUAUAGAUAACUGUAUAUGAUCUAUAUGCAGCACAAUGAAAAUCUCUGCCUAAUUUAAGAAAUAAAGUAAAACUUUUAAAGCAUGA